AUGGCAUCGAGUCCACUUCAACGGGUGCCGUUGCAUGUGGUAGCCAUCAUUCUUGCCCACCUGCCCUCUAUCCAGCAGCUCGGGCUCGCCAUCCUCAGUCACCGCAUAUUCCACGAUGCUCUGAAAGACAACAUUCACUCCGUAGUCCGCGGCAUCAUCGCAAAUCAGAUUCCUGACAUCACACUCCCAUUCGCUCUUCCACUUCUCGGGUCGACAAAGAUCAACGGCGAUGCUGAAGAUAGCAUCCACAGUUUGCUGAAAGAUCUCACCUGGAGCGUAUCCGAGCCCCGCCGUGCCGUAGCAGCUCUCACCGGCCUGUCUCUAGAUGACUACGCAUUUCUAAGCAAGAAUCAUGAGGCCGUUAAGUCUCUCCGUGAUGGCUUUGCCAGAGAGGCGAUUCCCGCGUUUGUCGAAAGAUUCGAGCUGGAGCAUGCCGGACAUCUUAACCCGCAGGAAACGUUCCGUCUGGACAGGGCCUUCUAUCGUUACCAGAUCAUGUGUAACCUGUACUGCGGGAGGAAGGGUUCUGAAAGGGAGUACUCCCCGUACUUCGGCCAUAGACAUCCUUUCUACACAGAAUUCUCGCCAUGGGUCAACGAGCAGCUCGUCUGCGUGUACCAUUAUCUUGAGAACAAUGUCAUUACUGCAUACGAUGAGCUUGCUGCACAUGACGUCGUGUGGGGCGAACUUCCCGUGCAAUGGCGACGUGACCCUCAGGAGUUGGACCGAGUCCAGAGCUAUCUUUGCAAUGGUCUUCCAUUUUUGGUGUCGGUCAUAAACGCAAAAGCUUACGAAGAAAGACUUAAACUAUUAGAUCUACUCGACUUUGAGUUGGUAGAUGGCGACUACCAGCCUUUCCAACAGCUGUAUCUGACGGCAGUUGCAGACGACUAUUACGAUCAGGAAGACCUGUUUUUCCUCAAUGUAGCAGACGAAGCGGAGCUGUCUCUAAUUUAUCAAAGGGGCAGACUAGAUGAAAUAGCCGGGCCAAUGGAUGGUCCACAGGAUUCCCUCUCUUCGACUCCAUUCCGUGUGUGGUUGGCUAUGCACUGGACCGAUGGAAUCUGGAGUACAAAUUUCAACUCCUUGGACCAAGGCUUUUGGGAAUGUGGUUACGUUAUGUGGGAUGUCAAUGAGUUGCCCGAGACGCGGUUGCGAGGCAGAUCCUCGGCGAUUAGACGAGUAGGGCCUUCCACCCAACGGCUGGGAGCCUCUUGGACCGACGAGGAUGUCCAACGAUCCGAAAGACAGAGAACUGACCUCUGGUUGGCAGGUGCUGACGGCUACUGGCUCCGAGAGGGCUACGACUUCAGUAGAAUUACCGGACUGAGCGAAGAGAAGAAACAGGCACUGGUCGAGAAAUGGAAAACGGAGACAUAUGAUCGAAUGAAGGAUUGA